CUCACCGCGCGGCCUGACGACAGUUGCCCUGGGAAGCUGACGCCAAACUUGAAUCGAAGUGGUGGUUUCUCCAGGAACACUCGGCUACCAAUGGCCAUCUACGAAGUUUAUUCGCACCCGUCUUUAAUUCGUUACAAAACAAGCAUUUUCACCAAAGCUACGUUGUUCUUAUUGAUAGUCGUGGCGCUGACGUACAUCCCGCCGCUUUUGGUUGCCUUCAGGAGUCAUGGUUUUUGGUUAAAAAUAAACACCUAUGAAGAACAGCCAAAUAUUAGAUUCCAAUACCAAGUUUUGAUGAUUGUUGGAACUAGCACAAGUGGUGACUUUGUGGCUUGGAGCACGUUUGAGAACUUUAAUAAUCUGCAAGGGGACAAUCUUCGAUUCCCAUUAGUGACAGCUUUGGAAGAAGACCAAAAUCAGGAUGGGAAGGUGGAUCGUCUGAAUUUCCACCUCGAACUACCACUCCACCCAUCUGAACAAGUGUACAGUGUGCAAUUUAUUCUGACCUUUUCAUACCAGCUUUUUAGAAUGUCGACAUUUGUAAUGCAGAGUAUGGCAUAUACCUACUUCUCAUCCUCCAUACCUGGGUCUCAGCUUAAUGUGAAUGGUGACUUAAAGCUACAUCAAAGAGAGCCACUUCGGCACAAAGGUCUUGACACACGUUACAACGUUUCAAUAUUUAAUGAUAACAGUCCAUUUGCUAGUGCCUUUGAUUUGACACAAAUCAUUUCAUCAUAUCAAGAUAGAAAUGUAACAACAAUUUUCACCAAUCAGUAUCCUGUGUGGACAGUAGGGAGAGCAGCUGAUGCCCCAUUUGUCUUUAAUGCUGUCAUCAGAUAUCCUGUGGAAAUGAUCACUUAUCGACCCGGUUUCUGGGAAAUGAUUAAGAUUGCUUGGAUUCAGUAUGUCAGCAUUCUCUUCAUUUUUUUGUGGGUGUUUGAGAAAAUCAAGCUUUUUGUUUUUCAAAAUCAUGUGUUAACUGCUAUAAUGGUGUCACCUUAUAAACAGCACCAGUCAUAGCCAACUACUAAAGGACUGUUCUUGAAACAUUGCUGAAUUUAAAAUCACAGCAACAAUUAAUAAACAACAAGACUGUGUCAAGGGUUUGAAGUACAUGCUUGGAUCCAUAUUUUGAACAGUGUUAUACAUAAUUGGCCGUGAUUAUGAUUGUAAAAUAUUAACUGCAAUAAAAUGAUAAUGCAUUCA